AGCGCAGUCGCGAGGUCAGGGCUCGGUUCCGGUGUUCUGUCCGAACACCGGCAGUAAAACACCGAAAAGCACGUAAGCAAAAAUUCCCAUACCUAUCUCCGCCCCGAUUUUCUUAUGUCAGGUGACGGCAGUUUACAGGUGAGAAGAAAAAGCACCAGCGACGUUCUCCACUUGUGGGUGAGGAGCCGGAGUCCGACAGGUAGCCGAACUUUGGAGUCUGCUGACUUCAUUUAAUAAAAACCUUCCAGUCUGCCUCCUGACGCUCAUUUGAGAAGCUGCGAGGGUACAAAACUCAGGAGGAAGUAUCCGAUCCCAUCAUGGAAACGCAGACAGCAAAACGACGGCCUGAGAACGGCCAGCUGAUCUUUGUUCCUCAUAAAGACACGGUACGUCUCCUGGAGGUCUACGUCAAACGUAGCCUCAGCCUGAAUGAAGGUGCGCUGGGAGCAAAGCAUUAUGGGGGGAAAGAAAAGUGGGUGACCAUGGCCAGCAAAACAAGGAGAUCCUCCAGCGAUCCCUCCCUUCAUCUGGCUGAGCCAGUAACACUCAGGGAAAGCAAUGCAUCCCUUGUGUUUGAACAUUCAGCAGAUCCACCUGAGAGACUUCCUGAAGAGUCUGAGAAACCAACCAAAAAGUCAAAAAAGAGCAAGAAACCCUCUCUUUGGAAGACCUUUUUAGGCUUUUUCUCACGGAAGAAUGAGGAGGAUGAACAUGGUCCAUCAGAGGUUUCUGUUGUCUCUGAGCCAGUGACCACCUGCCUCCCAACAACAUCAGUCGCUUCUCAAAAGAAGCCAACAAGGAGAAAGUCCUUGAAGAGGACAUUGUCCAAACGGCUUUCUAAAAGAGCCAGUAGACUUAGCAGAGAUCUGACUCCUGCUGAUUUCACCAAAGUGCAAGCUGUCGAGCCAACGUACUAUUACUAUGAAAAAGUAUCUGAAGAACUGGAAAAAAUUGUGCACGAGGUCAAAGAAAAAGAAGAGGCUGAAACUCUUUCAGAUGCUGAAGUCCUCCAAAGGAUCAUCACUCUGACAAAAGAACAGGGUGAUGCCAUCCAUGACAAGCUAAAAGAUAACCCCACCCUGAGCAACUUCUUCCAGCAGAUGUCUUACUCCUCCUUCCAGAAGCUGGCCGAUGCUUAUCUAGAGAAAGAAGCAACGCCGACCCAGAGGCCUCCCACUGUGCCGCCCACUGCACCAGAGCUGGUCAAGCUGGCCUUCACUCUGGAUUUCACUGCCAGGAUAGCUGGGCUUUCCAAGCAGAAUGUUGGCCACAUCACUUGUCUCGGGAACCGUUAUCUGAAGGAUCGAUUUAAAUACCAACAGGCUUGUUCAGAUCAUCCGUGGUCCGACACUGAAGACUGAGAUCCUGAAAUCGUUUCACACAAAAAUCUAAAUCUGAGCUACUUUCCUCCCGGUCCACAUGUGGGUAAAGAUGUGUGUGCAUGCAUACGUUCAACGUUUCAAAUGCAUGCACAAAAAACUACCAAACACCCACUUUAAAGCUUCUUCAUAAUUUAUAUAUAUAUAAUUUGUUUCUUUUUUUUACAUUUUAGCUCAUGUUUAUGGAAAACUUGCUGCACCAGGAUGUUUGAGUUCUCUGAGUGAGGGCGUGUUUAGGUUAUAGCUGAAGUGUUGCUUCAGGGAUCCGUUUACAGAAUUUUAUCUAAGGAGCACGCCCACAACAGAACUGUCCUGCAAAAGCACUGAGUCAGAAUCACAAGUAGGUGAUUCCCAAUGUGACACUACAGGAAAAGCACCAAUAAUUGAAGCAACUUCGUAAUAAUGUACAGAAGAUAAACUGUGAACAUGUUUUAAAUAUCUUUGGGAGAAUGAACAUCAAAUGUGUGUAUUAUGAAUGCAGGCGUUCAUAGUCAUUUUUUAUUAAAUAAUUGAUCCAUCAUCAAG